GAGCUAUUUUCCCCGAUGCCACAGUUAGAGGAAGCCGAGUUACAGGAGGCUCUAAUGAUUGCGUUUUCAUUCCUUCCUUUAGGAGUAACGGGAGCUUUCCAGAAGCACCAAUACUUCGAUAUGUACUCAGGGGAUAUUAAUGUUUUGCUGAAAUUCCUAAAAGAAAUUCCAGAGGGAUCCCUAGCACUGAUGGCCUCAUUUGAUGAUCCAGGAACAAAACUGAACCCUGAAGCCCGGACCUUGCUCACCAAACUAGGAAGCUUCUACGCAAAGGACAUUGGUUUCCGUGACAGCUGGGUCUUCUUAGGGGCCAAAGACAUCAGGGACAAAAGCCCCUUUGAAGAGUACUUAAAGAACAAACAAGAGCAGAAUAAAUAUGAAGGCUGGCCCGAAGCAUUGAAGAUAGAGGGCUGUGUCCCCCGCAAGGGAAUAUAGGGCUGUCGUUGCAGACCAGAGUCUCCAGAUGAAGACUCCCACCUCAAGAAGCUAUGGGCAGCCUCCAAGAAGCCAAGUCAGCGGAAAGAUGCCAGCAAGGUGGGGUGGGGGGGGUGAUAGAGGCUUUUUCUUUAGUGCCAGCCUCUAUCACAGGGGAGAAGUAAAUACAUUGAAAAGCUCUUCCCAGUUGAUCAGGAGCACCAUUUUGGAUGCUUUUCCCUGCCCGUGGUGGCAUGGGGGGAAGCAGAGGGCAUCUCAAGUCUCCCCACUCUGUGAGAUGAGUUGGGAACUGGGGCUUGUUCAUGAUUCUGAUGCCUGAUGAAGUUUCAGCUGGUUACAGGGCUCAUCGUUUGCCUCCAAAUGAAAGAGAAAUAACUGGUGGAUAUGGCGGCAGAAUUAAAUUUUAUUUUGUUUUUUGUAAAUGUGACUUCCUCGUGGUCGUGUGAUCCUGUAGCUUAUCUUCUUUGGGGGAAGGGUGAGAAUCCUGUUGGAUGGAUGUUUGGGGUUUUCAUUCUUCCAAGACUAGAGUCUAUUCUGUUAAAGAGACCCAGAAAGCUU